UGGCACAUUUAAAAAUGGCGACCUAGGUUCGUGAGAAAGUUAAGGUUAGAAUAGGGGAAACAAAACAUUGCCUCUAAUUAUUCAUAAUAAUGUCCAUAUUUAACAUAAAAAUGGGACAAUUGUUCAAAUCGACAAAAGUUACAUUGCGAACUUGUACAAAAAUGUGUACAUUAUGGCUAAGAGGCAUGAAAAGUGCCACGAAACAAAACUAUACGAAAACAGUGUUGUUGCCGCAAACUAAUUUUCCGGCACGACUCAGCGGCAAGAAAAGAGUGGAAAUGGAUAGCUAUUUAAUAGAAAAAUGUGGUUUUUUGGAAUUAUAUAAUUGGCAAAGGAAAAAUCUUAAAGGGCCAGAUUUUGUUUUGCACGAUGGCCCGCCAUAUGCUAAUGGACUGCCACACAUGGGUCACGCCAUUAAUAAGAUCCUGAAGGAUAUUACAUUACGAAGUAAAAUUAUAACAGGUAGAAGAGUACAUUAUGUCCCAGGUUGGGAUUGUCAUGGUUUACCAAUUGAACAAAAAGUACUUAGUAAUACAAAGAAUGUGAAUCCAUUAGAAAUUCGUCGAAAAGCUAGGAAAUUUGCGAGCGAUGCUAUAGCGAAGCAAAGAGAAAUUUUUAUAUCGUGGGGUACUGUCGCUGAUUGGAAUGAAUCAGGAUGUUAUUAUACAAAUCAUGUUUCAUAUGUACAGAAUCAGUUGCAACAGUUUAUAAAUUUGUACGACAAAGGACUUGUAUUUAGGGCCUUCAAACCAGUGUACUGGUCACCGUCCUCUAGAACAGCAUUAGCAGAGUCAGAACUGGAAUACAAUGAAUCUCACAAGAGCAAAAGCGUUAUUAUUCGUAUGCAACUUGAUGCAUGUACAUUAUCUUCGAAAUUAAAGAAUUUGGAAAAUAAACCGCUUUAUGCACUAAUCUGGACUACCACACCAUGGUCAUUGAUAGCUAAUCAAGCUAUAGCUUUCUCCAGUAACAUUGUAUACUGUAUUGUGGAGGAUAAUUUAAAAAAUCUAUAUAUUCUUGCACAAGAAUGCUUAACAAGUAUCGAGCAGAAACUUGGUCCAUUAAAAUUAAUUACAACCAUUACGGGGCAAGAAUUGAGUGAAGCUAAGUAUUUUCAGCCCAUUACUAGAGAGCGUUUACCAUUCUUACCUGGGCAGCAUGUUACAACCAGUGUCGGUACUGGAUUAGUUCAUACAGCUCCGGCACACGGUCCAGAGGAUUUUCUCAUUGCAGUUGAAAAUAACAUACCAGUAUUAUCUUUAAUAGAUGACGAUGGAUGCUUCAUCAGAGAAACGGGUGAUGAAUUCGCCGGUUUAGACGUCUUAACCGAUGGCGCUAAUAAAAUCCUACAUCACAUCAGUGAAAAUGUCUUGCAUACCGAUAUGAUUACACACAGCUAUCCAUAUGAUUGGCGAACUAAGAAACCUGUAAUCAUCCGCGCGAGUCAUCAGUGGUUCAUAGACAUAAACUCUAUUAAAGAAGCUGCAAUUGACAGCAUCGCGAAUAUAAGAAUAUAUCCGGAGCAAAAUUAUACGUCGUACUUGAAUGCAUUACUCGCUCAAGUUAAACAACGACCGUAUUGGUGUAUUUCCCGACAACGAUCCUGGGGAACGCCGAUACCGAUAUUGUAUAAUAAACGAACUGGUGACAUAUAUACAAGCAGAAAAUGGAUCGAGAGAUUGUGCAAACUGAUGGAACGCUACGGUACCGAUUAUUGGUGGGAACUAUCAGUUGAAAAAUUAAUCGGUCGCGAGUUACGGCAAGAAUUGAACGGCAAUAAUAUAGAUGACCUGGAAAAAGGAAUGGAUAUCAUGGAUAUUUGGUUGGACAGCGGUCUUUCGUGGUCGGCCGUUUUACCGGAAUAUAAAGCGGAUUUAUAUUUAGAAGGAAUGGAUCAAUGUCGCGGUUGGUUUCAGUCAUCGUUACUAACAUCCAUCGCUCUUCAAGGACGCUCUCCUUACAACGCGCUGUUCGUGCACGGAUUUGCUGUCGAUGAUAAAGCCUCGAAAAUGUCAAAAUCAAUUGGAAACGUCGUAAAUUCUGAAGAAAUUACUAAAGGUGGAGAAAACUUGAAUAAAAAUCCAGCAUAUGGCGUUGAUACUUUAAGGUGGUGGGUAGCUAGCCAUGGAUGUCAACAUAGUCAAGUUCCGGUUACGACAACAUUAUUGCGCGAAAGUCAUGAAUCUAUUCAAAAAUUACGUUUGGUCUUACGCUUCCUGUUGGGUGUUUUACAUUCCUAUAACGAGGGAAUCACAAUCGAACCGGAAUAUGUUCAUCUUGACAAGUAUAUGUUACAUGCUCUGUAUCAAUACAACAAAGAGAUUCAAAAUUUGUACGAAAAUUAUUUGUAUCACCACGUAUGUAAACUGAUAAUAAAUUUCCUGACGAAUACAGUGUCACCAGUAUACUGUCACUUAAUUAAGGAUAGACUUUACUGCGACGAAGUGGAAUCUCCGACGCGUCUGGCCGCGAUGGAGGUAACUUGCGACAUCUUGACUGUACUUGCAAGAUCUAUCGCGCCAGUUGUUCCGCAUUUGGCAGAAGAAGUAUGGCUUUAUCAUCCUGAAAAUUUAGCAUCGAUACCAUUGUAUCAUACUGAGUUUAAAGUACCGGAAACUUGGCAUCAGCCGGAAAUCUCUAAGCAUGUAGAGAGAGCGUUAAGUUUGAGAAGCAAAGUCAAUACAUUGGCUGAUUGUAACACGUGGGAAUUGUCGGGUACCAUAACAGCUACAACGACUGAUUACGAAUCUUUUUCAAUACUUCAAAAGGACCGAGAAUCCUCCACGUCGGAAUUUUGCGAUAUUUUACAACUUUCGUCAAUUACGUUGUUAGAAUCGCCUAUGGUAAACGAAACGCAGAUUGAAUUGCACAAUACAAAGAAGAUGCUUUGCCAAAGGUGUAGAAGGCAUCCCGAAUUAGAUAAAAACGGCCUUUGCGGCCGCUGCAUUAAGGUACUCGAUAUGACGAACGUAUCAUCGAUAUCUAUGUAAAUGCGAUAUAGAAUUAAUUUUAUUUCUUGAUAAAAUAAAAAUUCUA